CUGCUGCCUCCAAGUCCUCUCUCCCGAGCUCGAUGUUAAGAUUCAAUGGCCGGUCCAGAUCACCUCAUUAUUUCCAUCGAACACGGAGUUACAGGCCAUUGGCGGGUACCUGCAUCGCUAGCGUCAAGACGUCAGGAUAAUAUGAUGAACUUGGCAGUUUCUUGGAAGGUGUAUAAAACGCUUCACCUGGCAUAGAUAGAGAGCAAGGGUGAGCCCCAUCUCUCCUUGCGGACCGUCACGAACUAAAGUCAAGAAUGCGCUUCAACAACGCUCGUGCUUUUUCCCUCGUAAUCGGGCUGCUCUCCUUCGCGGCGAGCGGCACGGCUCGUGCGACAUACCAGCAUCUUGCUCGGACGACGUCGGAUGUAUGUGCCAACAUCGACCUCGAGUUGGCGGUCGACGUCUUGGGCAUCAAAGUCAUAGUUGGCCUUCUCGACAUUUGCCUUUGCCUUUCCGCUAUUCCUGAUCUGUGCAAUUCCAAGUCUAAUCCCGUUGUCGCGAGUGCGGUCGGUCUUGUCGGAGUAGCGUCAGUCGAGGCUACUCUGACGGACACGGUCAACACCGCUGCGGGCCAUGAGACCUGUACUUAUCCUGACAACUGUGAUCCCCUCUGUUCGGCUGGAAACCCUUGUGGCUUCCAAUGCAAGAAUGGCUUCGUCCCCUCUCCCGCCUCGCAUCCCACGCAAUGCAUCUGUCCUGCUCCGAACAAGGUCUGCAACGGCAUAUGUGGCUCGUACAAGUCCUGCCCCUCUUCCGGGCCCAAGAAGCGCGAGGACCUCGAGCGUAGGGCCGUCUGCGGCGCCGAGCUCACGGCAUGCGGCGUCUACGGUUUCGGCAACUUUAACGCGUGGGAGUGCGUCGAUACCAAGAGCGACCUCGAGAGCUGCGGCGGCUGCAUGGUGCCCUUUGGCCGUAACCUUGCACGGGGCGUUGACUGCACGGGUAUCCCAGGCGUCAUGGAUGUCACUUGCGUUUCAGGCUCCUGCGUCAUUCGUCGCUGCCAGCCUGGUUACGUCGUCUCCCUUGACAACACCUUCUGUCUCCAGACCGAGACUCUUACCAGGCUUCAGGCCGAGGCCGGCGACGAACCGGCCGCCCUCUACGGGCUGGAGCACGUCCCGCUCCAGAAGAAGAGUGCCUGAGGAAUACGGUUCGAUCGCAAUCUCAACGAGGUGGGGGUUAGCGUGCCUGCGGCAGCGAGAAGCGCGUAUCGUUUGACCGGACUCUGUGGUGGAAUCGAAAUAGGCACGGAUGGACUUCUAAAGCUAGGACGUGAUCGUGUACCCGUCUGAUUUGUAACUAUGCUUCGGUCCUGAACAUGCAUGAUUA